AUGGGCAGAAGUCCCGUUUUUCUGUGUCUUUCCGUCGGAAAAGUCCCCUACCAUACCGCGAUGGCACUUCCGCCAGCGUCUGCCCUUAGAGAGGGGCUUUCCUUCAGUGCCUCGGCGCGGACGCAGCGUUUAUUUCUGUCAGGUGCUCGGCGCCAGUUCCACUGUCUAUCCAGAUCCGGUUCCUCUGAGUUUCUGUUUCUCCCCUCUUCUCCGACGCCCUUGAAAACAGACUCGCCCCUUGCUCGGCGCGGCUUCCACGCGUCCAGAAAAUCGAUACGUGGAAAGACGCCCGGCGGAGUCUUCCCGGAGACGUUCCUGCGCAUGCUCCACUCCGCGACUCCCGGCGUUUCUUCUCAUGGAGAAAAAGGUUCGCAAGAGAACUCCGACUCGGCUGACGACCAGGGCGUCAGAAAACUGCAGGAGACUGUAGCCCCGCUUUCGGAGCCACCACUGUCGCUUGAUAACGCUGAAGGAACUGUGCGCAAUGAGGUCUCCACCACUGAGCCUGCAGAGCAGAUCGACGACUUCACCAAAGAUCCGGACGAAAUCGUCGCUGCCCUCGACAAAUACAUUGUCGGUCAAGACACAGCGAAGAAAAGCUUGGCCAUCGCGCUGAGAGAUCGCUGGCGUCGGCAACAAGUGAAAGAUGAGAAGCUGCGUCGGGAGAUCGCGCCGAACAAUCUCCUCCUCAUUGGGCCGUCGGGAUGUGGGAAGACGGAACUCGCGAAGCGCUUGGCAGCAUUCGCCGGGGCACCGUUCGUCAAAGUCGCAGCGACUCGAUUCACCGAAGUCGGUUUCGUUGGAGAUGACACGUCGUCCAUUGUUCACUACCUCGCGCAGCAAGCGUACACAGACGAGAAGGAGAGAGUGAAGAAACUCAUCCACGGAGAGGCAGCAGGUCGCGCCCGACAAGAAGUGGCUCGAGCUCUUCGGGCGCAAGGCGCAGUGAACGACUCGGAGGACGUCAUUGCGGCCAUGAUCAAGGAUGGGCGACUUGACGACGUUGAAGUGGAGAUUGACGAGAACCUUCUGCAGCGACACCCUGAGGGUCCUCAAGAUCCUCUUUCUGCGCUCUUUUCGUCUCUUGGAAAAGCCAUGAAUUCGCAGAGGGGGGGUCCGUUAGCUCCCGUCGGUGUCGGUGUGCCAGGUCCGGUCUCGCCGGAGGCAUUUGGACUUCCCGCUGCUCCUGUGCCUUUUGUACCCCCGGCCGGCGGCCGCAACAAAUGGAAUCGCGGAGGCGCGAUUCCUGGACUCUCCUUUUCUCUCCCCAUCGGGAUCUUUGGAGGCGGCGGUCAAAAGGGGGAGGUCCCUCAGAAGAAGAAGGUGACAGUGAAGCAAGCAAUAGCCGCGGUCACAGAGCACUUUGCAAAUGAAAUGACGGACACUGAGACGGUGCAGGAGAGGGCAAGAGAUGCAGCUGAGAACAGAGGAAUUGUUUUCAUCGAUGAGUUCGACAAACUUGUGGAAGAACGCAGCGGCAGCGACAGCUCAGCCUUUCGGUCGAAACGCGUAGGGGUUCAAAGGGAACUUCUGACUUUGAUCGAGGGGACGUCGGUUCAGACGCAGAUCGGCGUCAUCAACACCGACCAUGUGCUCUUCAUCGCUUCAGGAUCGUUUCUUGCAUGCAAACCUUCAGACAUUAUUCCAGAGCUCCAGGGACGCUUGCCGAUUCGCUGCGACCUGAAGCCCCUGACCGAGGAGAACUUCGUGCAGAUUUUGACUGAGACCGAGUACAAUCUCCUCGACCAACAGACUGCGCUGCUUGCCACGGAAGGUGUGAAGCUGAUCUUCGAGGAGAGCGGCGUGCGUGAGAUCGCACGAACUUCUCACCAUCUAAACACAAUGAACGCAAAUGUCGGUGCGCGGCGACUGAAAACUGUCCUGGCCAAGGUUCUGGAGCAGACAAAGUUCGAAGCUCAUAAGCGUCAAGGUUCCGAGGUUCGUGUGACGAAGGAGAUGGUGGAAGAGAGACUUCGACCCCUGAUGGAGCAAGCGGACCUUUGCAAGUAUAUCUUGUAG